GAAGAACAGCGUUUCGUGCAUUUUCCUUGAUUUCUGGUUCAGAUACUUCCCAUCACCUGCAUCGCAGCGCUGCAGCGCAACUCAGUCAUCCUCAAUCUCCCGCCCUGGCCGCCCAAUGAAGUCAUCAGCCACUCCUGCAUUCACAGCCUUUCCGUCGCAUGCAACUGAGUCGCGGCCCCAUGAAGCUCGUGGGAUUCGCUGGCUAGACGGCUAGUGACAUCAUCCUGCACACCUGAUCCCUGCCAGUCGGCAACCAAAGUCUAAAAUGUUUGCAGCACCGCAUUGUUGUUUUCGAUGGGCGAGAUUCCUAUGACGCGCGAUGCGACCUACGUCGUUGGUUUGGGAGGUGAGGCCAUACUAGAGGACAUGAGAUAGAAAGAUUACCCGGGCGGUGAAUGCAUGGGAGCGGUAGGUAUAUAUCUCGAUCAAUUUCUUUGCUUCGACUUUUUUCCCCUUUCCCCUUGAUACCAUCCAUUCCACAUUCCUCGUCCAUCCACAACAACUUCGAUCUCAAAACAACAUCUUGAGAAUCUGCACAUCAACACAUCAACACAUCAACACAAAAACACUCAAUCUAUAACCAAAACACAUCACACCACCGCAACCAUGGGAGCCGUUGUAUCUUGCGUUCGUCUCCCGAUCUCAUCUCCGCGCACUCUCAAACUAACUGUCUGACAGAUCCGUUCGCUAUGCCAAACCAUCGGCGCCUGUAUCAUGACCGUCAUCAACGGUAUUGCCGGCGUCAUACAAGCCAUCAUCAGCGCAAUCGCAUCCUUCUUCGGUAAGUCCUCCCUCCACACAAUACAGCACGUAUCACGCAAACAAUACUAACCUCCCACCAGCAAUCAUCGUCUCCUGCCUUACCUGCCGGCGAUCCGGACGCCGUAGAGGCGGAGUCAGAACAAGUCAUGUCUAGUACCCUCUCUGUCCCUGCAUCGGACUCGACGCCUUUCAACAAUCAUGAGAAAUUCGCACUCAAACGGGCAGUCGGGACGAGCAGCAAGGGUUGGUGACAGAGAGGUGUACGGUGGAGAGGGCAUGGAGAUGAUGAGGGAAAGGGAGAUUUUCAGUUCUUAAAUACCCGGUUUUUGUAACCACUUUUCUGUAUGAGAAAGGACAUGGAUGGGGAGCAUGGUGCCUUUGUUUAGUUUUUCGAGGAGAUUUGGUUCGAUUGACUCUGAUUUCUCGAGAGGGGACGUUAAUAAUGAAAAGAUGAUUUACUUUGAUU